AUGAAUAGUAGUGCUUUAAAUAAAUCAAGAAGACAAUAAAGUUCCUAUGAUUCUAAUUAAUAAUUAAGAACUAUACUCUUGGCUUCAUUAGCAAAACUACAGUAUAAUUGUAAACUACUACUUUAGUUCUCAAAGUACAGCAUAGACUGGAUUUAGUGAAUUGAGAUCAUUGAUUGCCUAAUUGUCAUUAAAUUAAUUUGUCAUUUUAACUAAUCUACUUGAUUCCAAUGAUUUAUCUAAAUAAGCAAAGAAGGAUUAUAUAAAAGUAUUUGGUCUCUUAGCUGAAAUAAGAGGCAAUGAUAUUGAAGAAUAAAUACCAAGAAUUGUUCAAAUUAUUAAUAAAAGAAUUCAAGAAGGUAUAGACAUAUGUAAUAUUUUAUUAUAGGAGAUUCAUCUUUCUUACAGGUAAUCUCAGAUAUAUUUGCUAAUAUAAAUGAAUUUACUAUUCAAACUUCUCUAAAUAAAUAUGAUUUAUUCUUUUAAAUAACCGAAUUAUUGUAAUCUAAUUUUGUGCAUCAUAAUAAAGUAGCUUAAUUAAUAAGUGCAGCUUCUUUAUGUAGAAUUAUUAAAACUAGUGAAUCUCAAUUAUUAGAACUUGUAUGUAAAUAAUACACUCAAAAAACCUUAGAGAUUUUGAAGUAAACUCAUUAUAUUUAUCUAAGAUCACCUCAUUGUUAAACAUAAUAAGGAUUAUUAGAAAGUCUUCUAAGUAUAAUUUUAACUGUUGAGGAAAUAUUUGAACCUAAUUUGGAAGAUUGUUUAAAUACAAUUUGUAAUUGUUUAUAAUCAUCUGAAUGGAAUUCACGGUAUCAUUUUUGUUAUGAUUAGUAAAAUUGCAGUCGACAUAUUGUAUACAUUAAGUGUUAUUUUUCCACAUUAUUUUAGAGCUAAUGACUAAUAUUAAAAUAAGAUUAAUGAAUUAAGAUUUGAUAAAAUUAAACAUGUAAGAGAUGCUGCUACUAAUGCUAUUACUUAACUGAAAGAGUCUCAUAUAUUUUAAUAACCAUCUUUUAGAGAACAUAAGUCAGUAUUUAAAUAAAAUGCAAAUAAAAGUUUUUUUGAAAAAAAACCUGAUGACAUUUAAAUCGUUGAAAAUAAACCAAGAGAUUUUGAUUUACAAAAAUAACAAGCUCCUAGAUAGGAAUAUCAUUUAAAAAGUGAGGUUUAUUUUCCUAAAUAAAAUUAUCAAUAAUUUAGUAAUGAAAAAAAAUAAUCUCAGAUAUAAAUUUUUACAGAAAAUAACUUAUUAGUAUCACCUCAUUAAGAAUAAAUUUAAUUAAUAUAGUCUCCUUAUAAAAUUAAUAGUGCUUGUUCCAGUUCUAAAAAAAAAUAAAUCAAUUUAAGCUAAGAAAUUUAGACUUCCUAAUAAGUUUUAAAUUCUUCAACACCUAAAAAAUAAUAAUAAUAAACAGAUUUAAUUAAAUUGUGUGAUUCUGCUAAAGCUAAACAAUAGGUUUAUUAUGAAUAAUUAAUUAAUAAUAGAAUUUAAGAAUCUUAAUUAGUAACCAAACAGGAAUUUUCUAAAAUUAAUUAGAGAAUUGAUAGAAUAGAAUUAUUAUUAGAGAAAAUGAAUGAUACAAUCAAUAGAAAAUUGAAUCAAUAAGAAUAACAAUAAUCAUAAUAAUAAUAAUAAUAAUAAUAAUAAUAAUUACUUAAUUAGAAAUAGAAAGUACAACUAGUUGCCACAUAUGAAGAUUAAAUGAUUCCAUGUUUACUUCAUUAAGAAAUUAAGUAAAAUUAAUAACUUGUAUCUGAUUCAUUAGAUGUGGCUUCAUAAGAUUAAUAAUAACAAAAUUCAAAAAUUAAAGAUUCCUUUUUUUUUUGUUAAAAAUGUGAAUAAAAUUCAGAAUCUAAAUUAGGGGAAUCAAAUUUUGAAUUAAAUUCAAGAAAAAUAAGUGAAACUGAAGGUAAAGAAAGAGAACAUAAUUAAAAAUCUACUUCUGAAGCAUCGCCAUUAAGAAAUAGAGAUUAAUCAAUUUUAACAAAUGAUAGCAAAUUAAUAAAGGAAUAGAAUUCUCCACCAAUUUAAGUCAAAGAUCCAAAAAUUUAAGAAUAAUAAAAAAUAAUGUUAAAAGUAGAGGAAUAAUUAAAAGUUAAUUUAUUUUAUAAUUUUAGAAAGAUAAUAUCAAUGAAGCUUAUUGUACAGCUUUAACUUCUUUAGAUGAUCAAAUUAUAAUAUCAACAAUGAUGAAAACAGGUCCAUGUACAGAAAGACUUGAUUCUACUUAAGUUGAAUUUUUAUUACAUAAAUUAAGAACUCUUGAUUGGAUUGAAAAUGCACUUUAACAUCACUUAGCUAGAAUGCCAGCUAUCCUGUUGAAAUCAAUAUCAUUAUAACUCAAUAAUAUCAAAACAAGCGACUAAGUAAAAAGAAUUUAAGAUUUAAUUGAAAAAAAAAAUAUUUAACCAUCAGAUUAAUAAAAUUUUGGAUAAUGA